AUGGGGGCCGUGGGGAGGGUGCUGCUGGACGAGAGCCUCCUCUGUGGGGAGGACGUUGGCGAAGGGGACACAUGCCAUCUCCUUCCCGGUGCGGCGAUGUUGCUCCGCAGGCUUCAAUACUCGAAGCUUCGUGUGGUGGGAGACCUAAUUCUCCUAUACUCGUUGACUUCUUUUAACUCCUAUUUCUGGAUUAUUUCUUUGUUUAUUAUCAGAUUAUACAUUGAUCUCUUCAGUCCUAUCACAGAAUUGGGCUCUCCAACUUAAAAUUAAUUGGUUGACGAGGAAAAACGUAUCGCAUGUAGUGAACUUCACAAGUUAAAUUUAGAACUUGUCAACAUGGACAUCAUUUUAUCAUGCCCUCUCACAUGCAUGUGGAUUUUGUUAUGAUUCUUCUCCUUAAGAUCAGAGUGCGAAACCAAAAUUUGGAACUAGGAUAUCAAAAAGAAAUUGCGCAGAAUUUUCGAUAAUGUGAUGCCGUUUGCAUCUUGUUAGUAAAUUGUACAGAGGCCCAGAUAUGUGUGAACUUGCAGAGGUUAUCCUCUACGUUACAUCUUUUGUCUUUCCUAUUCAAACUAAUAAAAAGAGUAUUAGACGCUGUCCAGGAAAUUUAUCUAGGACUCUAUUUACAGUCCUUUGCAGUUCUAAAUUUUGUGGUAUCUGAUGUUCACAAAAAUACAUUGAAAUGUGUAUACAUGAAAUGAAUAUGAGUGAUAAGCACAUUAGCAAAAUUUGGCAUGAUCCCACCGCUGUCCCAUAGUCCAUUCCUUCAGUAGGUCUGUCUUUAUGAUGUCUUCAAAGGAUUAUUGAUAUGAGCCUUCUUCUGUUUGAGACUUGUGGGGAAGACUCCAGGAACCUCUCUCAGAAGAACAUAGUAGUCCACAGCUGCUGCAAAUCCUUCCUCUGAGUUACUAUACUAUAAAUGGGAGAGAGCCCUUCUGGCUGGGGAAUAUGCUUUUCCUUUCAGAGUUUUUUAUUUAACGGAAUAAUAUUUCUAAUGUCAUUUUAAAGGAAAUUGGAGUGCUAUCUGAUGAUGUUUCUUCAAUUUAUUUUCUUGUGGUGAUCUCUACCUGCUUUGGAAAGGAAUAAUCAUUUCACCUGUUGGUCCUCCAGUGUGAGCUACCCAGAAAAUCGUUCGUAUACAUCUUCUCUUUGUUUCCCGAGCCUCAUUAACAUGGUUAAAGCUAAAGUGCUUGAAGUCCAAGCACAAUAAACAUGAUUUCUGCAGAUUUGGCUUCCAUAUCCGUUUUUUCUGGAUGCUUGUUAUGUCAUAUAUCCAUGUUCAUUCAAUGGAUUGAUAAGAUAGAUAUACUCACCUUUAUCUUUGUUUUAGGGAAUCUGUUUUGAGGAAGGUGCUCAGUUGGCAAAGGUGAAUUCCUGUUCUCACCAUUAUUAUGUAAACCUGUGUGGAUGUAACUCCUUACAUCAGAGAAUUUUUUUCAAAACAGAAGUACAUGUAUAACCACAUAUAAUCAUGUAAGUCACUUGUUGCCAGCGACUUAAAUAGUAACACUAUAUAUAAUGAAUUUUUUGUAGAAUUUUUGUGCUACAUGCAAAAAUAUAACCAAGUUGCAAUUUCAAAGAAUUAUUAUUCAGAAGAAAAACCAAAUAAAAUCAAGAAAGUUCACAACAUUUUAGAAUUUCUUGUUGAAGGGAGAAAAGAUUUGAACAGCCAAUACAGGAUAUUCAUUACAUUAUUUCCUGUCGAGUUCUUCUACCCAGAAUAAAGAGUCAAACCUCUUAAAGUGGGUAAAAGUAUAUGUCACCGCGGAUCUACAUCUCACUACUUGCUGUUAGUUGAAGGUUAUGACUAUGGCCUCUUCUUUAUUUAUUGUAUUCAAAUAAAUACUUUUUUCAAAUGUUUUUUGUGCCGAUUGUAAUGUUUGUAUUUACCUAAUCCGAGCACUUAAGGUCAUGUCUCACUCAAUUUGCUCUUCUUGUCCACCAUCUCAUGAUGAUUUUAAGCAAUUUUUUAAUGUUCUGUUUUAAUUGUUAGAUUUAAACGUUGAGCAGUGUGUGCCAUUACAACAUUCAAUUUCAGAAAAUGAGACUUUCACUGGGCAUUUAUAAUGUUGCUCUUCUUAUACAUUCCUGAACUUUUAUAAACAUCAUACUGAAUUACCAAGAAAAUAAUAGAGCAACUUUACUCUCCAUGGUUCUUGAGCUUCCUUAUUAUGUAUUCCCCUGGUCAUGACAAAUGUGAUGCAUUUUCAUAGAAUAAAAGGCAUUUUUGCAUUCAAUUAGAACUGGUUUGGAUUGGCCCCAUGUCAGAGCUUUAAACUGAAUGCUUCCUAUUUUAAAUUCAACAUGAACGAUAAUUCAUGGAUACUAUGUUUGUUUGUGAUUUAUUGCAACAAUUCGAUUGGUUCAUUGUUGUAUUGAAGAUUGAAUGCCUAACACCGUUUGAAGUAGCAUCCGAUAAACAUUUUUUCCUUUGUUAACAUAAGAUUCCGUUGCUUUUCGACUGCAGUAGUUCCUUGGAUAACAUAGCUAUCUCUUGCAGAUAAAUUUUCUUUUGAGGGUGGCGGCUAUGCAUUCAUUUGAAUCAGUCUGUCGGACCCCAAAUUUCUUGGACAAUAUUUCUGAUGACCCGUCGCUAACAAUGGGAAGUAGUGUAUAUGCUGCAUCUAAAAACGAUAUGAGCCUUUAUCAUAAGCUAUGGAGCAAUGGCUGGAAAAUCAUUCUUACAGGCGAGAUUUUUUAUUAUACAUUUUACGAGAAAAAAAUCUUGCCACUAAUUUCGUCUUGAAAUUGGGAUAUUAUGAUAUAUCAUGGUUUACACACCCCGGAUGUCUUUCUGAAGAAACUAACUGUUCUAUUUUAUGUAUAGGUGUGAGCAUUGACCUGGUGGAAAGUGAAAAUCUGUUGUUCAUUGAAAAAUUAGAAGAGUUGCUCAUCACACUUUGCCGUUUCAAGAAAAUGGUCUGUUUUCAAUUCUUUAUCUGACAUGCAUUUACUUUUAGUUUAUUGAUCCCUGUGUAGGUGUAACGUUUUAAUGUUACUGAACACAAUUUCUUUGUGAGUCCAGGUAAUAAGCAAUGUACAAGAUAUCAUAGUUGGUUAUGUCAUGAAACCAUCUCGUGAGGAAGAUUUUCUGAAGGCAAGUAAUAAGAAAAAAACAAAAAAUCAGAAAUGAGUAUAAACCACCAGCUUUUAUAGCCAUUUUUCUUUUGUUUCAUUGCAGAGAGGUGCUUUCCCUAUGUGUCCAACCGAAAAUGGAUUGGUAUUUGUUCCCAUAAUUAUGGAAAUUUCCUUACCAUAUCAGAUGCAAGUAGUUGAUGCAGUUCUCCACAAAGCAACAGAUGAAAUCAUCAGGAUUGAUCUUUCUAACUCGGAUUUUCCCAAGGGGAUUACUUACUCAAAGGGCAUGGAAGAUCUAGAAAGGUAAACUUCAUUUCAUCCAUUCUGGUAUUUAGUGACUCAAACACAUCAGGUCACUUUACAUUAAAUGAUUAAAGAACAAAAGUGACAAUUAGAAAAUAAUUGGAUUUGGUCCUAUAUAAUCAAUUUUUUUCUGUACCCUGGCAUUCUUAUGGAUGAAAUUAUAUGCAUUGCCACUGAAAUAUAGGAACACCUUUUUCACUAACUUGGUUUCAGAUUUAGUAUGUUCCAGUGGACUGCAGUUACAAAGAGAUAGGCAGGGGUAGUGACCUUUUUCUGUUCUUCUGGCCUUGGUUGGCGCGUGCAACUCUUCCUUUACUCUUCUAACUUCGAAGGAGAAAGGCCAGAUCUGGAUGGGAAUGAAAGGAUUUCCGGUGGCUCUACUUUUUCUCUCAAAUCAAUAUUAUUAGAUAUACCAUGUGUAAGUCAGAUCGGGGUAUGGCUCAUUCCCAUCAAAAUGGAACCUAAAAAAUCAGCAGGUAGUGAUUUCGCUGUCAUGUUUAGUAUGUUGUAAGACUUUGUAUUCUUGUAGUCAGGGACAAGGGAAAAUGGGGUUAAUGUAAAUGUAAAUUUUGUUCUUUCCUGUUUUGAUGUUUCUUAAAUGACUCAGUCAUGGUUAAUCUAGAUAUGAAUGCAAAAAUUUACUCAACAUUAUAGAGCUUAACGAUGCUACUUUGUUGGUCUGGGAAUUUCGGAUGUAACAAUACUGUGACUUCAAUUCAAUUGCAUACUACUACUGUAUGUAUGAAUUUUUGCUGUCCUUCAAGUUUAUGGAAUAUGAAUUUUAUGCCGUUUUUAUGAUGAUUAGAAAUAUGAAAUUCCUUUUUCGAGUUAAAUUCAUUUGCCAGGUAUAUGAAGGAUAACCCUCAGUGUUGCAUUAUUGACCCACUCAAUAAUGUGUGCCCUUUACUUGAUCGCUUUCGAAUUCAACAAAUUUUGCAUGGAUUGGAUGAUGUUGAUGGCCAGACGAAACGUAGAAUAAGAGCCCCAAAAUUUUUGAAGGUAUGCUACUUAUAAUAUCUGCUUAAUGUAAGCUUGAAAAUGAGAUGACAGAAAUGAAUAUUUUAUGUGCAUAUUACAAUGGUCAAAACAGCACCUUUAUUUUCUGUUAAUGUAUUGGCUACAAUGUUAGUGGUUCUCUCUAUCUCACCUUGUGCCACGACAUCUCCUACUUUUAUGUGGAUACAUAUGGACAGACAGUUCAUCCAAUUGUCUCCUUGUAGUAUUGUCUAAAAUCAUAUUGUAUCCAGUUCAUCGUCUUGAGACCAUGUAAAUAAAACUCAUCUUAAAAAUCAUGAUGUAUUGUGAAUCUACUUUAUUUUUAUCGAUUUUCAAUGAUUAUAAAAGUUCCUACAAGAAAAUUGUUAGAUUUUAUUACUUUACUAGGUUGUCUCACAUGACAGUCUGAUGGUUGCAUAAAUAAAGGUACCUUAAUAUUACAUCAAGAAUGAAUCGAUGUUAGAAAUUAUUUAUCACUGUUGACUAAGUUUGUCAAAAAAUAAAGAUAGAAGUCUUGGUUAUUUCUGUAUUUUGAUGUUCUAAGAGCCCAUGGGACUACUAAACAUGUCUUCCUGGCCCUGGCUUCCUUUGGGACUACCAUUUAUAGAAUUCUGAGCAUUAACUUUAUCACUAUUCAUAAAUAGAUCUGUGAUUUUGAUAUAAGCCUUAGCCAAGCUUCUGCCUGGGCAAUCAAGGAUAUUAUGCCUAGGUUAUAAGGUGAGACAAAUAUAUGACACUUUUUACAAGUAUUUUAAAAAUUUGAGAAACGAAUAUAAUAUUUUUUUAAUAAGGAAUGUGACUCAUUUGGGUGCCAUGAACAACAAAGGUGACUCGUUUAUUCUCAUAUUGCUCUCCUUGGUGGUCCGGAUAUCCAAGGUGUUCAGGGGGCUCUGUUACAUAGCCGUUGCCUCAAAUUAUUCAGCCCUAUAAAUAUACAAGGGAGAAGCAGUGUCGCUCAGUUGCUAGGGUGUAGGUGAGCUUGGAAGGAUUAGAUCGAUCUUGUCAUCUGCUGGAGUUUGGCUUUCCCUUAAACAGGAGAAAGCUAUUGUAGACGGCUGUGUUGAUAGAUAGAUAACCAAUGCAGAAAUUUAAAUUCAGGUGCCAGAUUUUUUUUUCCUGCCUAAUGACUUCUUCGGAUGUCACUGAAUUGUCAUUCUUCUCCAAAAAAUCCAUAGAUAUUUGAUUUCUUCAUUAAAUAUGCUCCGUCGCAUAGCUAGACACUAUAAGUAAGACGGGAGACCUUUGAUGAGAGAAGAGAGGAGAGUCUGAUUCUGGGUGGCUCUCCUCUCUUAUUCUUUGUUCAAUUUCCUUUCUCACCCAUUGUCGACUCUUUCCUCUUUUUUUCUUUUACCCGCAUCUUCUUACCUUUGUUUCUUGAAGAGUUAUGUCUCAUAUUCCAACUUCUGGAUCUCUGUUUCCUGUUCUUUUCCCCAGAAAUCUGUUCAAUUAUUCAAAUUGGGCACAAGUAUUGCAUAGUUUCUCUUCAUUUCAGUGAGGUAUGAUAUUAAUUAUGUUGGUAUCGUAGUUCCAACAAUGAGAGCAGGUUUCUAACUAUUUGGCCGUGUUGUGAGUCAAUGUUAUUGAUUCCACUUGUAAUCUUGAAUUCGUUAUUUUCAAUCCUCAAAAUCAUCCCAGAAGAAAAUUAUAAUUAACUUGAUUUUAAUCAUAUGCCUGAAUUAACUUAUGUUUUAUGUUGUAGGUGCAUAAUUCUGAAACUUAUGCACCGAUGGUUAAAUAUAUUCCAAAGCUUCAGAAUAACUAGCAGAAUUAAAGAAAGUCAGAUUGCGUCUCCUUUAUGCAAAUCCCACAUGCAUACUCCAUCGAUUUUGUUUGGAAUGGAGCCAGAUGAGUCACAUGAAGUCUUUUAGGAGAUGAUGGUUGUGUUUUGGAAUUUCGUCUGGUAUCACGUCCUACCAUGGUGUCAGGGAACAGAUUGUUCGGAUUUUGGAGCGCACAAGACAGAAGACAGAUAUUUACUCAAUUAAAAAUGUAGGUUCGCACCAGAUGUGCCCCAAGGGGCAAACCCUAGAGUAGUUGAGUCUGUGUUAACCACUCGAGAGGGUUUAACUCUUGCCUGCGAUUGUGCUGCCGGAAACAUGCCCCUCCUCUCGUCCUCCAGCCCUAAUACCCCUUUAACAAAGCACCCUCUCCCCCCGCGUCUAAAGCUCUAACCCUCACGUGACACCCCUUGCCUCAGAUCAGAUAGCUGGAAUAGCCAUUCCUCAUCUGACUCAGAGUGGAAUCACAUUGUCCAAGAAGAUCCAAGGCCUUUACACCAUCUAGUCAGCUAUUUGGGUCACUUGCAGAAGGUUGGAUACCUUAAACAUUCGUUCAUCUAACAUAGAUUGGGGAGUUCUUGGCCAAUUUGCUGAUUCCAUUAAGUUUUACCCAAGAUCAGGCAAUGGAAAUUCCAUGUACCAUGUGUAUUCCAUGAUGUUGCCCCAAUAUGCUGGAAAAAUGCCUUUGGUAAAUCCAUCAGGCCUGAAGACUUGAAUGUGUAUAAAGAUGGCCUUCUUCACUGUCUCUUCGUUGACAUAUGGUGGCUUAAUCUUUUUAGACCGGUGCACCAAAAAGUCGUUAAUCUUCUCCGUUUUAUUACAUAUGUUGAAAUCUGAUAUCUAUAGGGAUUUAUUACAUAUGUUGAUGACGUUUUCUAUUUAUUCCGGUUUAUUUUGUUACAUAUCUAACUUUCUGUAUCACCUAUGGUAUUUGUGGUGUAUAGGUUGAUGAUUUUCAUGAUCCCGAAUUGAUGGACAGAAUACUGGAGUCAAAUUUAUCCUUUCCUUGUAUUGUAAAGCCGCAAACGGCAUGUGGAGUAGCUUAUGCUCAUAAUAUGGUAAUGGCAUGUUAUUGGAUUUUCUGCGUUAGAUUGUGUGAAUGCAUUAUUACUUCAAAAGGUAUGAUGUUUUAGGCUUCUGUUGUACUCUAGCCGACAAUGCAAGAUUUGGUAAUCUAGUACUUCCCCACUUGUUGGAUGAUUGAGUUUCAGCGUUUUUCUUAACUUGACAUAGGUUGCCGUAUUGCAGCAGUGCUUGCUAAGGAAUAUCAUAUUUAAUCCCAUUAGGCAUAUGCUUAUUAUUCCUAUUUUUGCUAUUAUGGAAAUAAGUAUUUCAUUGUUGAUAACCUUGGAUUGUUCUACAACAGAAUGGUUUCUUAUUAUUGAAUAUGAGCUGGGAGUGUUUUAUUGUUUAUAUUUAAUUAAGUUAUUAAUUUUAUUUUUUCUAAUCUUACUUGUUCACAGGCAUUGGUAUUUAAAGGCGACGAUUUUGAGAAUCUACAUGUGCCACUUCCAGCCAUUGUUCAGGUAAACUUAAGUAUUUGCUCUUUUAUGAAAUUCUUCUUUUUUUUCUCUUGACAUGGAUAACGUUAACUGUGGUAGACAGUGCUAGGCUAGCUGUGGUAUGAUUGGGGAUCAAAAGAGUUCUCUUUAACUACCUAUUUGUUCUUCAUUAAUUUCAGGAGUAUGUGGAUCAUGGGUCUACAAUUUACAAGGUUUAUGUGUUGGGUGAAAAGGUGUUUUAUGCUGUUAAGAAGUCCAUGCCAAAUGCAAACAUCCUUUUAUCAAAUUCAGAGAAGAACGCUUGUGCCCCUAUCCUCUUUGACAGGUAUGCUCGGUAAUCAAUACUAGCUGACAUUUUUUUAUUUCUUUUAUUUCACUAUAUUGCCAGCAUCAAAUCAUAUAACAUCAUGCAAUAAUGAUGACUUAAUUUUGUUGAGCAGCUUGAAAUCUCUUCCAAUUGAAAAAGAGGAAUUACCUUCCAAAAGGGAAUCGGUGGCACAUACAUAUUCACUUGAUAUCGACCUAAUUAACAAUGCUGCAGACUGGCUGAGGAGAUACCUUGAUCUCACCAUAUUUGGGUUUGAUGUUGUUGUAAGCAUUCUCCACUACAUGAUCUUUCAUUGUAGACAUGCUGCAUUAGUGAGCUAAACAGGAUGACAAGAUUUACAUCAUGUUAAUCUUUGUCUCUUCAUUUUACAUUUUGUUCAUGCUUAUGGGGAUUUGUCAUGGCUGAUUUGAAUAUUUUAGCCUUCUCCGACUAGGGCAGUCUGUUGAUCAUAGAACUGAUGGUGAUUAUUAGUUUAGAUUUGUCUUGUCUUUUUUUCUAUCGAACUUAAGUUGUCUCAAUUUGUUGCAUAAUCGAAACUUGAGAAUGAAGAUGGCAGUUGGUGGACCCAAGUCAGGGCUAGGGUGUGUGGUCAGAGGGUUUUAGGAUUGCAAACUUUUGGGUAUGAUCCUUGUCAAAUGUAGUGGACCCUUAUAGUGUCAUGGGCCCCUUAUGUUACGGGCCAUCCCAGUUGCCAAACACGGCCCUUUAUGUUACCAUCUAGGGUUCAGAUAUAAACCCCAGACUGUGAUCAUUGUCGGGUUGCUUUUUGCCCUUUUUCACUUUCUACAAUCCUAUCCUAGAUUCGACCAAGGCACUCUCUUUCCUUAACUCUGGUUUUCAAGCUCAAGCCUAGGACGCAUAGGCUUAGUAGGGCUUCUGGGCAUACCGAACACAUUGACACCCCUAGAGCUAAAUGUAUUUCAUGCAUUUUGAGACUCAUCUGGCUUAAAAUUAUAUCCAUAUCUCCAGAUUUGGUUGCAUGGUGCUAGAAGGUAAAAGAAAAAACUGGGGGGGAUGGCAAAAAUGGGAGACUAACGGUUAAAAUGGAUGCAGUUUUCAUUGAAGUUUUUUAUGAAAAGAGUGACAGAGAGAAAAUAGAGCAACAUAGAACCUAUAAGAGGAGUGUUUAAAUGCGCAAUAAGUUGGGCUCUACCUAGAGGAGUGAAUAAGCUCCUAAAGGAUUGAAAAAGUAGAUGUCCUAUAUGCAGACGGCGCAAAUGGGGCUUUUAUAUUUUCUCUAACAUCAUUUCUUAUCAUAACCUAGACAACUAGAUACCCAUCAAGGUCUAGAUAGUAGAAUCUUUCACCCUCAUGGCUGCUCACAAACAUUUCGUUAGUUUUAAUCUCUUAAAAUAGAUGGUAAUUUGGGAAGAAUGUCAUUAAACAACUGAAAGUCAUAGGAUCAAGUCACUCAUUUGCAGUAAAUUCAAGGAACAUGAAGAGCCAUAGGGCAUUGUGAAAUAAAAACUCAUCUGCUUCUCUUCAUGUAAUACUCGUAAAAUUUGUGUGAUAAUAUCGUUUGAUAUCUCCCUUGGUCAACAAAAAUGGGCUUAGAGCCAUUAGCAACAGUCAAUUCAUACUUCUCAUAGCCCAAACAACUAUGAGGUACAGACUAGAUUAGUUAUAGGUUAUGGGGAAACUCCUGCAAUAUUUAUUUGGAGAAGUGUGUUUUGUCAAAAAAUUUAAGUUUCUUCUGGAUAUAUUAUACGUGAGAAUUUUCAUCGUGAUGACUGUUUCUACCAGAUUUAUUGCAAUGCCUCUUAUUCACUUUAUUUAGUAGAAUGCCAGUGACACUUUUGUUGAUUUCUAACUAGAAUUCUGUAGGCUAGAGGGAUUACGAAGUUCUCAUCACCUGCAUCACAAUUAGAUUCUCCAGUCAUGGCUUCUCUCCUCCCCUCAUCAUUCAUGGCUUAGUAGUAAACUUAGAAUCUAGCUUUCAAAUGUCUCAAAGUCCUGGAUUAGAGCAUCCAAGAAUUUGAUUAUUUAGUUAAAUUAUAUGUAUUAAAGGGGCAUUUUUUUUUAUCUGCCACAUCAUUCCAUUCACUAAUAGAAUAAGAGUCGUCAAUAUCCUCCUGCUUACUCUUCAGUCUAUGGUGACUAGCAUUGGGUAGAGGUUCAUGCUUUACUUUAUAAACUUCAUGUGUUAGUAGAGGGAUGACUGAUUCGGUUGAGGAUGAACAAGAUUGGGGGUCCAGAUAUAUGACAUAAACUGACCUUGUGGGUCAUCAUGGUGUUUGUUUCAGAUUCAAGAAGGCUCUGGAGACCAUGUUAUCGUUGAUGUGAACUAUCUUCCUUCUUUCAAGGAAGUCCCUAACAAUGAUGCCAUACCAGCAUUUUGGGACGCAAUCAAAAAUUCCUACAUGACCAGAAAACUGAAAUCUACAUCUCCUUCUCAUUUUGUUGUUUCGUGA